GCGGAAGGAGAGCAUCCGCUUCUUCGUCAUCAGAGCCAAUAUGACCAGCGCCUUCGACGACGUCCUCUUGCUCGAGCGCCACGACGACGGCCCGCGGGUCGUGUGGCGCUACCUCACGGACCCGGCGUGCGGUAGCGGCAACAACAACUUUAGCUUACCGUAUGGCCUCCCGCCCAUCUGCGUGCCCGGCGCGACCAAGGGCCAGCGGCGCGGCGCCGAGUUUACCUUUACGAUCUCGGAUGGCCGGUCGCGCCAGCUCUACGGCCUCGUCAAGCAAGUCGCGCUCAAGCCCGAGACGCCGGCGCUCGUCGCAUGUAUCCUCGCCCCCAAGCCGCUCUAUGUAUGGCUCGCGUGGAUCUUACGGCUCGUGCACGCGCGGCUCCUCCACGACCCGACCAAGCGCUCGACCAUGACGCUCCUCAACGCCAUACGCGGCGCACACCACGACGGGCCGCUCGUCUUCGCCGACAGCUUUGUCGGCGAUCUCAAGACGUAUACGUUUCCGCUGCACCCGCCCGGCGCCUUUGGCGCCCGCGCGCUCGAGCCGCAUAUCCUCAACUACCGAUCGUUCACGACCAAGCUGCAGACGCCGAGCGCGCUGCUCGUGCUGCUGAGCGCCCUUCUUCUCGAACAGCGCGUGGUGGUCGUCCACGACGAGCACGACCUCCUCACGGGUCUCUGCCAGCUCCUGCUUCGCCUCCUCUCACCGCUCGUCUGGAAGCACAUGCUGAUUCCUGUCUUGCCGAUGGCAUUGCUGCAUUAUGCAAGCGCACCGAUCCCGUACUUGCUGGGUAUGACGACGUCCGUGUACAAAGCUACGAAGCUCUCGAACGUUGUCAUCUUUCAUUUGGACGCGGGCAACGUCGAAUUUCGCGACCUUCUCGGCGCCUUCCCGACACUCUGCGAUGAAUUCCCCAUCUCACCGACGGUCGGCGCCGUGCCCUUCGCACGCCUCGGCACGCCCAUCUAUCGUGACUCGACGAGCGCGCUCGCGGCCUUUCGCCGGGACCUUCUCCACGCCUUUGAAGCCGAGCCAGAGACGCUCGAGACGUGUGUGAACGCCCUCUUGUACCACCUCUUUGCCGACGCGUCGUCGUUUCUUCGGUCGUCGGCCAAGCAAGGCGGCGCCUACGUCGACCUGCCGGCGUACCUCGCGGCGCGGCGCGGCGUCGACCCGCCGCUUCUCCACCGCUUUGUGACGGCGAUUGCGGCAACGCCGAUGCUGCAAACCUACUGCAACGACCGCCUCGCCCGUCUCCAUGCGCGGGAUAUCUACCACGGCCCGUUGUACGUCUGCAUUCAGGCCAAAGACUUUCACUACGCCCAGCUUCGCCGCAACCUCCAGCGCCGAAGCACGCAGUCGCAAGAGUACCCGCAAGUGACGCAGCUCGUCGCGGGGAUGUGGACACAGUCGGACCGCUUUCACGUGUCGCUUGCGGACGUCCGACCGCUUCUGGACGCGACGUACCACAUGGACCACUGCGGCAUCGUCAUCGACAUGCUGUGGGAGCGGCUUGGCGACGGCAACGACAGCACGGUCGCGACGGCGCUGCAAAUCCUCGUGUACCUCAUGCUGGAUGGCUGCGAGAUUGUGACCGAGUACCUUCGCUUCAAAGAGUGCCAGCGCAACCACUGCCGCAUUCUCAAGCGCCAUAGCUUUCGCGGCAUUGUGCACGGCGCCACGCAGCUCUUGGACUUUAUGAGCGGCCCGGAACGACUCUACACAAUCCGCACGAGCAACUCGACGCAGCAGUGGCUCUCUAAAGUGACGUUUCCGCGCCUCGAACUCAAGCAGCGGUAUGCGCUGCCGGCGUUUGGUGAUCUCCACCAUAAUGUCGGUCGUUUUUACCAGCCAGUGCACUCGGUGGACCUCCUCAAUCUCCACGUGGACGACAAGAAGCAAGACGUGGUCCACGACCCGUUUGAUACGAACGCAACGUUUCCCGAGCACUGGCGCUAACAACCUCAGUGUCACUCUUUGUUG